AGCUGAUAGACGCGCGCGCGGCGAUAAGUGACCCGGGGUGAGCUCGUUCACUUUUAAAAUUACAGCUACGCCUCGUUCCCGACGUGGCUACGAGGAGGCCAGAUGUAUUGAGGAGCAGCUGUCGCCGGACAGGGACACUUCGGGGGUCUGCCCCGCAUUCUUCGAGCAGCCUCCCCGACCCUCCUCCGAUUAAUCACGCGUUGUCGGUGCCAUCGCGAACUUGCGGACGGCGAGAAACGAGGCGGUGCUAGACUUCAGCGGACGGUCGCACCCCAGGCACAGUGCUGAGUGUAUGCCUCACUGGGGAAGCACUGUCUUUCACUCAGUUCCCUGCUGGUAAAUCCGGAGACAGUAGAGUUUUGUUUUUUCUUUUUUCUUUUUUUUUGUUUUUGGUUGUUCCGUCCAGCAGCAUGGAAGUAACGAAAGGAGAAGAGCGGUCGGAUGAGCAGGCAGCGUCCUUAUUCGAGACCCCAGAGCCGGAGAGUCAAAGGACAAACACUGAACGGGGAAAGACGAGGAGCAACCAGCGCAGAGUCAUUACCGGGGUUCUGCUGCUGUGCCUACUGGUGGUCAUCCUGGCUGUGGUGUUUUCUCUGAGAAACCGCAGUGAUGGAAAAGAAGGGGAGCUCUGGCUGCAUGGGGUCUCUGAGGAAUUUCAACAGCAACAGUGUCCACCUGGUUUUUCCAGGCCCCCUCUCAUCCUGGUGUCCUUGGACGGUUUCAGAGCAGAAUAUCUGAAAGAUCAUGGCAACCACCUCCCUAUCAUCAACAAGUUACGAAAUGCUGGAACGACAACGCAGUACAUCAGGCCUGUUUAUCCCACAAAAACCUUCCCAAACCACUACAGCAUUGUGACUGGUCUUUAUCCCGAGUCUCACGGGAUCGUGGACAACAAGAUGUACGAUGUGACCCAAAACACUUUCUUCAGCUUGAAAACUGAUGAGAAAUUCAACCCAAAAUGGUACCAAGGAGAGCCAGUCUGGAUCACUGCCAUGCGUCACAAACUGAAAACAGGAACCGUUUUCUGGCCGGGCUCAGAUGUAGCCAUCAAUGGCACCUACCCAGAUUUCUACAAGGUUUAUGACAAGAGAUUUCCAUUUAAGAACAGACUGUCGACGCUGUUUGAGUGGCUGAGUUUACCUCAGGGAGAAAGACCUGACUUCUACACUUUGUACCUGGAGGAACCUGACACAUCAGGACAUCGUUUUGGGCCAGCAAGCACAGAGGUCAUUCAUGCCUUGGAGAGUGUGGACAGGGUUUUGGGCAUGCUGAUGGACGGCCUGACGGAGAAAAACCUGCAGCACUGUGUCAACUUGGUUAUCGUAUCUGACCACGGCAUGGAGGAGGCUUCCUGUGAAAAGGCGGCAUAUGUGUCGACCUACCAGGAAAAUACCGACAGCUUUACUGUCAUCCAAGGCCCGGCUGCUCGCAUCAGACCCACUCGCCUCCCGGAGGAUUACUUUUCCUUCGACUAUGAUGGCCUGGUGAAGAACCUGUCGUGCAGGACCCCUAACCAGCCAAUGAGGCCGUACCUCAAAGAAAACCUCCCAAAAAGGAUGCACUUUGCUAACAACAAACGCAUAGAGAGAGGACAUCUCUAUAUGAAGCAGGGCUGGCAGGCAGCACUGAACAGCAAGGAGAUCAAGUACUGCACUGGUGGAUUCCACGGCUCAGAUAACAUCUUCACCAACAUGCAGGCAAUCUUCAUUGGCUAUGGUCCAGGAUUUAAAAACAACGUUGUUGUGCCAUCUUUUGAAAACAUUGAGGUAUAUAACCUCAUGUGUGAUCUCCUCGGUAUUCGUCCCGCUCCAAACAACGGGACUCACGGCAGCCUGAACCACCUCCUGCGGCAUCCAGUCCACUUUCCAGUUCACCCAGCGCAGCUCUCCCAUGAAACCCCCUGUGUGGCCAGCAACCCCAUCCCCACUGACGACCUGCAGUGCACCUGUGCAUCCCAAACCAAGGAAACGGAGACAGAUAUGAACAGACACCUCGUGACGACCAAUUCCAGUGCUAAAGUCAGCUUACGCCGCCUCCACCAUCCUUUCGGCACCCCCCUGGUCGUCCAGCCGGACGCCACCUUUUGUCUCCUGCAUCACUCCGAGUACCUCAACGGCUACAGCAAAGACCGCCUCAUGCCCCUCUGGGUGUCGUACACCAUCCAACCUCUGACCACAGUCCGACCCCUGAGCCCAGAGUCGGAGGCGUGUGUUCGUGCUGACGUCCGCAUCCCACCGGCCGCCAGCCAGCUGUGUCUUCGCUAUAGAGACAACUCAGAGCUGUCCUAUGGCCUGCUGCAUCCCCCCAAUCUGAGUGCCAGCGGACCUGAAACGGACUCUUUAAUCACAAGCAACAUGGCACCAAUGUUUCCUGCAUUUAAAGAUGUCUGGACCCAUUUCCAUGAUGUCCUGCUUCCGGAGUAUUCACAACAGCUGAACGGGGUCAACGUCAUGAGUGGGCCGAUAUUUGAUGAAGACUUUGAUGGAAACGUUGAUGCUUUCAAAGCAAUCUCAGGGAAUGAGGCUCCCAUCCCAACGCAUUUCUUCGUGAUCCUGACCAGCUGUGAGAACUCGACCUUCAGCCCUAUUAACUGUGAGGGCCCAUUGAAGGCCAAGUCCUUCAUCCUGCCCCACAGACCUGACCACACAGAGAGCUGUGCUAAUGGGUCGGACUUGACGUGGGUGAAGGAUUGGCUACAUUUUCACGCUGCUCGGGUCCGAGACAUCGAGCUCCUGACCGGACUGAGCUUCUACCACGACAGGUUAUCAGUGCAAGAGACGCUACAGCUCAAGACGUUUCUACAUACCGCUUAAAAUCAGAGACAUUAUCAAAAAAAGUUUUAAUUUCCAAAGGAAGCCAUACUGGUCUACGCAGCAGGCCUCUGUGUACGUGGACACACAGUUAACCUACUCUCAUUGGGUUUAACUGGUGCCUCACUUAGAAAUGUUUCCUGUUUUCAGACCAUAUUAAUCCAAACAUUAAGUUCCAGCCAUCCAUUUUUUUGUCUGUUUUUUUUUUUUUUUUUU